AUGGUCUCCUACGGCCUGAACACCGUCCGUAUCCCCGUGGGCUAUUGGUUCCUCGAGAGCAUCGUCGACAAGAGCGAACACUUCCCUCAAGGCGGCGAGCACUAUCUUGACCAAGUCAUCGGGUGGGCCAAGGACGCGGGCUUAUACGUGAUCACCGUCCUCCACGGCGCGCCCGGCGCUCAAGCCACAGACGGGUUCACUGGCCAGCUCAACCCGAACCCAGGCUUCUACAGCACCUACAACUACGACCGAGCGGACCAGUGGCUCGAAUGGAUCACGCACAAAGUCCACACCAACCCAGCGUACUCAACCGUCGGCACGCUGGAACUGGUCAACGAGCCGGAGCGCAAUCCCGACACAGCGAAAUAUCCCGACGCGAAAGCGAACACGGACAGUAUGCGCCAGACGUACUGUUCGGCCGCGUGGUCAAAGAUCCGCGCCACCGAAUCUUCCCUGAAUGUGCCUCCGGACUCGCAGCUAUCGAUCAUGAUGAUGGACCAGAAAUGGGGAUCCAGCGAUCCCAAAGAGUACCCUCACGACCUGAAUCUCGCGGCGUACGACGACCACCAGUACGUCAAGUACGCGGGCGUCGCCGAGGACAAGGACGCGUACAUCCGGUUCUCGUGCAGCGACGACCGGUCCGGCAACUGGCCUGUCUUCGUGGGCGAAUGGUCCCUCUCUGUCGCGACGGACGUGGAGUGGACGGACGAUUGGAACCCCAGCAGGGAUGAAAGCAAGGGCUUUUACCGCAAGUGGUGGGCCGCGCAGGUCAUGUCGUACGAGAAGACGGCACAGGGUUGGGUACGUGUCUUUAGCUAG